AGUUCUGACAAACAGCGUCGUCUAUAUACGACUCGCCAGAACCAAAUCGGGUAGUAACAAUAAGCAUCGCUCACCAGCUGACAUUUGACCUCCGAGAUCUGAAAUAGCGAGUUGGCCAGGCCAAGCUACCUUGCUUUCCCAAGUGUUACCGGCAUCCAGCUGAUCAUCAAAGUUACUUUCUAUGCCACACCCGCGAACUGCUGUAGUAGCAUGACUGGGAGCUCCCAUGAUCCCACAGCAACGGACCAAGGUUCUAUCAGAGCAAUCGACAGUCAUUCUGUGCAUAGGAUCACAUCUGGCCAGGUAGUCAUCGACCUACAGACAGCAGUGAAAGAACUUGUCGAGAACAGUCUUGACGCCCGUGCUACAAAUAUCGAGGUUCGAUUUCUCAACUAUGGACUCAAGUCCAUCGAAGUUGUCGAUAAUGGGUGCGGAAUCGCCCCAAAGGAUUAUGAAAGUGUCGCCUUGAAACAUCACACAUCCAAACUUGCUGCUUUCGAGGAUCUCUCAACCGUCUUGACCUUCGGCUUUCGCGGAGAAGCUUUGUCCUCGCUGUGCGCUCUCAGUGAUGGUGUCACCCUUACGACCGCUACAGCUAAUGAGGCCCCAAUGGGUACCAUACUUGAAAUGGACCGGAACGGCAGACUUAGGAAUUCCAAUUCCAAGGUCGCAAGACAGCGGGGAACUACAGUCGCCGUCUCUUCUCUCUUCAAACCACUGCCAGUCCGACGUAAGGAACUCGAAAGAAACGCGAAGCGGGAGUUUGGCAAGGCCCUAAACUUGCUGUAUGCGUACGCUCUAGUUCCGUGCGCAACCGAGAACAGAGGUGUGCGACUGGCUGUGAGCAACCAACCGGAGGGAGGCCGCAAAACAAUACAGCUCAAAACCGACGGAUCACCCUCCGUCAAAGCGUCGGUCACAGCAUUAUGGGGGUCCAAGGGGCUUGACAAUGUUGUCGACCUCGAUCUUUCAUUUGAUGUCCAAACGGAGAAGGCUGUCUUGCGGCGUCUUGACCAGGAGAGUGCCAGCGUCACCCCAGUGAAAGUCCGGGGACUUAUUUCCAAGUUUGCUGUAGGCGCAGGCCGCACAGGAAGUGAUCGCCAAUAUUUUUUUAUCAACGGACGCCCCUGUAAUCCUGGAAAGGUCCAGAAAGCCUUCAAUGAAGUAUACAGGUCCUUUAAUGUUGGCCAGUCCCCCUUUAUCGUGGCAGACUUUAUUUUACCCACUCAUGCCUGUGAUGUCAAUGUCAGUCCCGAUAAACGCACGAUAUUUCUCCACAGCGAGCAGAAUCUAAUUCAAGCUCUCAAGACAGCUUUGGAAGAGUCUUUUGCUUCGUCUCGCUCGACGUUCGAUGUUGGCGCUCAGUCAUCCCAACAACCGACUCUGCACCCAUCAUUUACGCCCAAAACUUCACUUACCCAAACAAAGCACACAAGAACCACUAGCUGUUCUGCCCGCAAGGCCGACGUCAACCAAGAACAGGACCAACCGGCACUCAAAGACCGUGAAGACGAGCCCAUCACGAUGACGACCCCUAGCUUACUUCUUGAGCCUGGGCCGGAGGCACCAUCACACAAUGCAACAGACCGGACAGCAUCCGGUUCACCGUCUGUACAACCCGACAUGAUCGGCCCAGCGCCACAUCCAUUAUUCUUUCCUGAUUCCGAAGUCGAAGAAAGCGGAGACAAUGGACAAGCAACUCGUUCUGCCGAACAUCACGGAUCGCAACAAGAGGACGAAUCUGACCGCGAGCAGGUUGUUAGCGCCACUGAUCGCAUACGUGCAUCUCGGGCGCUUGGCGACUCGAAGAAACGAUCGGCGAGCCAAGCGCCUGCGGUACAGACUAUUUUAAGCACUAAUGGUGCUUCGUGGAACCGCAUACGGUCUGGGGAUGGCGAUCUAGAAGAUGAUGGCCCGAGGAAGAGACUGCGUUUGGCCGAACGGGACGGGAGGGCGAGCUUUAGGUUUACGCUGAGUCAGUAUGCGAGGGCUGGAAGCAAGGUAGCCAAGGCUUCUGGGGAUCAGAUUGAAGAUCGUCUUCAUUCACCAGACACGGGUGCCCGACGGAGCUUAUCCGAGGAGAUCGAUGGUGCUGAAGAGCAAGACCAGUUGAUGGAAGACGAGGAAGCGGUGAACGUAACUUCGAAGGCUAGACCGAGACGGACCUCAACCCGGGCCAGAAAAACGUCUGAAGAGACUCUUGCUUCACCUGACGAUGCUAUGGAUAUUGAGGUCCCGGUGCCCGCCCCACUCCCUGUGACACGUCUUGAGGAUCACCCAGCCCCUGAACUGGACCCUCAAGCUGAAUCGAUGGAUCAAGCCGUUUCUGGCAUCGUUGACCUCACAGAAGACGACAUAACUCUGGUUAACACCGAAGUGAACGCAUCAACUACUCACUCUCCUAAGGAUCACCUCCCGCCGGUAACCUUACGCUGUAAUCUCGAUCAGAUUCGCCACACAUGGCUGCAUCUCGAGCGGGCUAAACCCGCUCCUUCAGGGCUCUCCAGCACAGCCUCCAGAGUUCGCGAUGCGCUAGAUACGGCCAACGUAGAAAACGCGGAGGAUAAUGCCAAGGCUUCUGACGCUCUUUCCAGGAUCAUAUCGAAGACAGACUUUAACAAAAUGCAAGUGGUCGGUCAGUUUAACUUGGGUUUUAUUGUCACUCGGUGGCAGAAACCUGAGGAAGGGCUGGAUGAUUUGUUUAUGAUUGACCAGCAUGCAGCGGAUGAGAAGUAUAACUUUGAGACGCUUCAGCAGACGACUGUUAUUGAAUCUCAGAGGCUUUUUAGACCCGAGCCUCUGGAGUUGACGGCUGCAGACGAGAUUCUAGCAGUUGAAAACAUCGAUGUUCUGAAGCGGAAUGGUUUUGAAGUCGUCCGUCAAGGCGGUGAGGAUGACGAAGAGGGCAGACUGUAUCUUGUAUCGCAGCCAGUGAGUAAGGACACUGUUUUCAACACGAAAGAUCUAGAAGAGCUCAUCCAUCUCAUGCAUGACCGUCCUGUAGGAACAAUGGUACGGUGUUCCAAGGCGCGAGCCUAUAGCGUCAUGAUAGGGAGAGCAUUGAGCUCAAACGGGAUGACUUCGGUAUGCCCUGCAACGUAACUUAACGGAAUCAGCUUUGACCUAUACUCGUCGCAGAUCGUACAGCACAUGAGCACUAUGGAUCAGCCGUGGAACUGUCCUCACGGCCGGCCGACGAUGCGGCAUGUGUCGGACUUGACCUGUUUCGCAAGGUAUAAUCCAUUGCCUCGCCAAGUCGAUUGGAAUAGCUUUGGAUCUGGCGUGUAGCUCCGCCGGUUUCCUGUUGGCUUUUGAAGAUUCCGUCUGGGCGUCCGUUCUUUCAAGUUUGGGUUACCCCAUGACCAGCCACUAUCAUGGCUUAUCUGUCUCAGUGUGGAUCUAGACAUUUAUCUUAGGGUCGUAUAUAUAGUACGUGCGAAUACACCUGUGCCUUGGCUUUGUCGCUGUCGCGCCGGAAAUCCUCAAUCUCUGUCUACUGAGCUACAGUCAUGUCGAUCCAUUCUAUCAAACGUGAGUGUGCUAACCUUGCUUGG